UGGGCCUGUCACAUGGGCAAAUGCUUCAGCAGAUGCCAGGGAUGAACGACAACUACCAUGCUGUCACUCAGCACAGUCACUACCCUACAAAUUUUGGGCUGAACAACUAUUCGAUCCCUCCGUUGGGGUCUGUUCUGGAGUCUUCCAACUUGCAACAGGUUGCACAGGUGCCAACGUACUUGCCAAAUCCAAAGGUCUUACUGCCAGAUGCAAGCUUUACAGCAAUGAUGCCUAAUUUGUCAACCCAGGGCUCUAUUGGUGGUGCUGGCAGUGUUGCUCAAACUGCAACCACUGCACAGCCACAAGGUCAACAUGACUCUGCUGCCGUAGCGCAACCGCCAAAAAAGCUCAAGUACUUGCGUAAGAACAAAGACGACGAUCAUAAAGGCCCACUGCAAUGUAAAUGGGACCACUGUCAUAUGAUGUUUGAAAAUGCGGAAGUCCUGUACAACCACUUGUGUGAUGACCAUGUUGGACGCAAAUCAAACCGUAAUUUGAACUUGAACUGUCACUGGGACACCUGCAGAGUGCAAACUGUGAAGCGUGAUCAUAUCACUUCGCACAUCAGGGUUCACAUUCCUUUGAAGCCUUAUGUCUGCACCACUUGUACAAAGAAGUUCAAAAGACCUCAAGAUUUGAAGAAGCACAUUAAGACACAUGCGGACUCUGCUACAAGAGCUGCUGAAAAGGCUGCUUUGCAGGCAGCACAGGCUCGUAACUUGAACUAUCAAAAUUCAUUCAGAUCCAGUAAUGGACUGGAUCAAUACGUUACUGGAGGUGCUAAUUCAGCAACGUCAGCUUUUGACUUGCAACAAUCCCAAUUUGAUUCCUUACUGGCCAUGGAGCCUUCUGAGCAAGAGUCAAGAAAGAGAAAACCAGAGAUGGUCAACCAAUUCUUUGACGAUGUUAAGAAGAGCAAGGUUACUCCACGUUACAACAACGAUAUGGCCUCCAGAUUGACCAACUUGGAAUUCAACAUGAACAAUGACUUUUCUCUCCCUCCACUCUCAAAUUCUGGUUCAUCAAAAUUCUUCAAGACAAACCAGGAAUUGUACGAUACCAACACUUUCUUCAACCAGUUGAGUGCAUCUUUGGACCAAUACACUCCAGCUUUGCAAGGUCAAAACCCUUCAUUGCCAACAUUGAAAUGUUCUGAACCAUUGCAAUCGUUGAACUCCUCCUCGCUAUACCCAUCGUUAUCUCUCGGUGCUACAGGAACCAACUUUGCUUAUCCACAGAUUGCCAACAGAAUGGAAUCAUCAACAACACAGAGUGACGCUUAUAGACGUUACAACAUUGGCAUCAACCAAAAGAGUGCCGAUGUUGACACUGUUGAAAGCGGAUGCGCUUCUGAGGAUUCUGAUGACUUCGACGAUGGUUAUGAGGAGUCCGAAUCCGAGUACGAAGAUGAGGAGAUGGCACAACUAUCCAAACAAAUGGAGUCGCUACGGGUUGAAGAUGACUUCAUUACUCGUCAUAAGAAGUUAAUCCAUGUUAUCCAGCACAGAUUAGCAGAGAUGAUUAAAGAAGUUGAAAACGCAGAUGAAAGUACUGAUAUCAGCGCGAAGAAGGAAUUAUACCCAAGUAUUGCUGCUUUCUAAACUUCUCUUACCUGUUUGGUGUUUUGGGGACUUUUUUUCUUAAUGAUUGUCAUGUCACACUGAGGUUUAUAAUAUAGGGGUUCAAUGUUUGGUUUUUUGUGUUUCUUUUCACUACGUUCUUUGUUGAGGAACUCUUCAGUUUACUUUACUCUUCUUUUUAUAGGUGGUGUUCUUUAGUUGUUUAUACGUUUAAAAGUGUAAUAGGUUAUGUGUGUGUUUUCCUUU